AUGGCGCAGGGAACGGGCACGACGAUCGCACAGUUACUAGUGAUGGUGGCGAUGGUCGUAUUGUGGGACCCAGGGCAGGCGCAGGACCAUCACUGCGUCAUGUACGAUGUCUGCCGGCAGGGCCCGAUCCACAGUCAGAACUGCCCGACGACGGAACCACCGAAACCGCUGCAGGACCGGGAAGCGAUGGAGGUGUUGCGGCGUCGGUGCGGGUUCCUGUUCCCCACCGACGAUACGCCCGUCUGCUGUGCCGCGUCGCAGGUGUACGAGAUGGACAAGAACUUCCAGCAGGCCGAAGGGCUGUUUAGCCGCUGCACCACCUGCCUCACCAACAUGCUGUACAGCAUCUGCAGCCUGGCCUGCCACCCGGAGCAGAGCCGCUUCAUGGCCGCGUACCCGGAUCCGACCGAUACGUACGUCGAGCGCGUCGAGUACCGGAUCGAGCGGCAGUACGUGGAGGAUACGUACGAGUCGUGCCGUGGGAUUGUGCUACCGUCGAGCGGCAAGUACGCGAUGGACGUUGGGUGUGGGUUCUGGGAGGCGGCCGGCUGUACGGCCGAACGCUGGUUCGAGUAUAUGGGUGCGGCCGACAAUGACUUCGUGCCGUUCGAGAUCAACUACCUGUACGAGGAGGACCCGGAGCGACGCUUUAACCAGGCGGUCAAACCGUGUAGCGAAGCGUACGACGGUUCGUACGCUUGCUCGUGCGUCGACUGUGAGGCGAGCUGCCCGACCACCAGCGGACCACCGGACGGUGCUGCCGAUGGCGAGGCCAGCUUCACCGUCGGUGAUCUGAAUGGUGUCACGUUUACCGUGGCCGUUGUCGUCGGUGGUGCAGGGCUUGUUGGGCUUGCCCGUAGUGGCGCACAGUCCCGGCCCGGCCAUUCCGAAGUGCCACAGUUUCUCGGUGGUCUACCGGCCGUUAAUCGGGCACUGGGGGCAUUCUUCACACGCUGGGGUACCUUCUGUGCCCGGCAUCCGGCGCUCGUGCUCGCGAUCUGCUCGUGGGUCAUCGGUGGCCUGGCGUUCGGUAUCCAGUAUCUCAUCAUCACCACGGAUCCGGUGGAGCUGUGGGCCGCCCCGGACAGCCGGUCACGCCAGGAGAAGGACUACUUCGAUUCCCGCUUCUCGCCCUUCUACCGCACCGAACAGAUCUUCAUCAAGCCGUACAAACAGGAAUACAUUGUGCAUCCGACUGCCCGCGGUAACCUGACGUUCGGGCCCGCCUACGAUCGGGAGUUUCUGCUCGAGGUGUUCCGGCUGCAGGAAACGAUCGAGCAGCUGGGUCAGGCGGAGGGCGAAGGGUUGGAGCGGAUCUGCUACGCACCGAUGACACCGGUCGGCACGGUAACACCCCUGCGCGACUGCACCGUCCAGAGUGUCUACGGUUACUUCAAAAACAGUCUCACCGCCUUCAACUCAGUCGGCACGGAUGCCGAAGGUUACACCGUCAACUAUCUGGACAAAAUCAAUGGCUGCACGCGGAACGCUUACCUACCGUCCUGCUUCGGUACGUACGGUGGCCCGAUCGAGCCCGGUGUCGCCCUCGGUGGCUUUCCGCGACCAACCGAACCGGGCAGCUCGCCCGAUUUCCGCCUAGCGACCGCCGUCAUCCUCACGUUUCUCGUCGAGAACAAGGCGGACCGCGGGGAGCUUGGACCGGCCGAACGGUGGGAGCGUCUGUUUGUGGACUUUCUGCGCGAUUACGAGCACCCGCUGAUGGAUGUCGCGUACUCGGCCGAACGCUCGAUCGAGGACGGUAUCGAUGAGAUGUCGGAGGCGGAACUGUACACCGUCGUCAUCAGCUACGUCGUGAUGUUCGUCUACAUUACGAUCGCGCUCGGGCGGAUCCGCGGUUUCCGGCACUUUCUGCACGGUUCCCGGAUCGUACUGGCGCUCGGUGGUAUCGUGGUCGUCCUCGCGUCGGUCGCCUGCAGCCUUGGGUUGUUCGGGUACCUGGAGCUCGCGACAACGAUGCUAACGAUCGAGGUCAUUCCGUUUCUGGUGCUGGCCGUCGGUGUCGACAAUGUGUUUAUGUUGGUGCACGCGUUCAACCGGGUUGACCGGACGGUACGGCCGGAUACGGCCGAUGCGAUCGGUGCGGCACUCGGCCAGAUCGGACCCUCGAUACUGCUGACGUCGGCCAGCGAGUGUUGCUGCUUUGCGAUCGGUGCGCUGUCGCCGAUGCCGGCCGUCAAUACGUUCGCCUGGUACGCGACCGUCGCGCUCGCCGCCGACUUCUUGCUGCAGAUCAGCGCAUUCGUCGCGCUGAUGGCCCUCGAUGAGCGGCGCGUCGAGCGCGGUCGCCUCGAUCUGCUCUGUUGCGUGCGACGGUCCAGUAAGGCGGACGCGAUCGAGGCUGAUGGCGACAGCGACGGCAGCGGUUGGCUCGAGCGGCUGGUCGAGCGCGCCUACGUACCGGUACUGAUGCGCCCGACCGUCCGCCAUCUCGUGCUCGCCCUCUUCCUCGUCUGGGGUGCACUGUCCCUCAUGGUGGUACCAAGCAUUGAGCCCGGCCUGGAUCAGGAACUGUCGAUGGCCGCCGAUUCGCACGUCGUCAAGUACUUCCGCUUUAUGGCGGAGCUGUUCUGGAUGGGACCACCGGUUUACUUUGUGCUGCAGCCCGGUCUCAACUAUACCGACGAGCAGCACCAGAAUCUGGUGUGCGGUGGUAUCCUCUGCAACGAUGAUUCCCUCUCGACGCAGCUUUAUCUCGCUUCGCUGCAACCGGAACUUACCCACAUUGCACGGCCGGCCUCGUCCUGGCUCGACGACUACAUCGACUGGCUGUCGAUCAGCUCCUGCUGCCGCUACGAUCCCACCGACAACUCGUUCUGCGAGAGCAGCGUGUUUUUCUGCCCGUCCUGUCCGCGCGAGUACGCGGAGAACGGCAUUCGGCCGACGGUCGCCCAGUUCGAGCGCUACCUCGAGUGGUACCUGUCCGACCGGCCGGACGAGAACUGCGCUAAGGCGGGCCGGGCGGCGUACUCGCGCGCCCUCAACUACGUGCACGAUCGGGAUGGGCGGCUGGGCGUGCAGGAUUCCUACUUCAUGUCGUACCACACGACCGCCGUCACGUCGCGCCAGUUCUAUACCGCGCUCGAGCAGGCCCGCCUCAUUAGCGACCGGAUCCAGCGGAUGCUGGACGAGCGCGGUCACUCGGACGUGCGCGUCUUCCCGUACAGUGUGUUCUACGUGUUCUACGAGCAGUACCUGACGAUCUGGGCGGACGCACUGCAAUCGCUCGGCCUAUCGCUGGCCGCCGUCUUCGUCGUGACGUUCCUGGUGACCGGACUCGAUCUGCUGUCCGCCCUAGUCGUCAUCGUGCACGUCUUCCUGAUCGUGCUGAACAUGCUCGGGCUGAUGUGGCUCUGGAACAUCACGCUCAACGCGAUCUCGCUCGUCAACCUGGUGAUGAGUGUCGGCAUCGGGGUCGAGUUUAUCUCGCACAUUGUGCGCACGUACCGGCAGACGAGCGGUACCCGCACCGAACGUUCCUCGAUCGCCAUGAUCCGAACCGGCAGCUCCGUCUUCUCGGGCAUCACGCUGACCAAGUUCGCCGGUAUCAUUGUGCUCGCGUUCGCCAAAUCGCAGAUCUUCCAGAUCUUCUACUUCCGCAUGUACCUGUGCAUCGUGCUGGUUGGGGCCGCCCACGGUCUCAUCCUGCUGCCCGUCGUCCUCUCCUACAUCGGUCCACCACCACCACUAGCACAAGCACCAGCACAGGCCACGACUACGACGUUUGGUGCACCGAAGUUACCGAAGAAGCAAGCACCGGAGGUCGACAACUAUUCGGAGGAAGCAGCGACGACCACCACCAUCACACCGACGACGACUACUGUGCUCGAUUACAAACAAGAGGAGGGCGAGCAACAGCAGCAGCAGCAGCAGCAGCAGUAG